CAGCAUACCUCCUAGAGGCACAGCAGCCAAGCGAGGAAUCUUCUCUCGAGCCAAUCUUCAGUGAUCAGGUGUCUGAAGCAGCCAUGGCAGCAGUACCUGAACCCGCCAGUGAAAUGAUGGCUUACUACAGUGACAAUGACAAUGACCUGUUAUUUGAAGCUGAUGGCCCCAAACAGAUGAAGUGCUGCGUCCAACCCCUGGACCUCGGCUCUCUGGGAGAUGAGGGGAUCAAGCUGCAGAUCUCCCACCAGCUCUACAACAAGAGCUUCAGGCAGGUGGUGUCGGUCAUCGUGGCCAUGGAGAAGCUGAGCAAGUGUCCCUACUCACAGUACUUCCAGGAUGAUGACCUGAGGAACAUCUUUUCGCUCAUCUUUGAAGAAGAGCCUGUCACCUUUGAAACGUGCACUGAUGAUUUCGUGUGCGACGCGGCCGUGCAGUCGCUGUACUGCAAACUCCAGGACAAAGAGCAGAAGUCCCUGGUGCUGGCUAGCCCGUGUGUGCUGCAGGCUCUCCACCUCCUCGCACAGGAUAUGAGCCGAGAAGUGGUGUUCUGCAUGAGCUUUGUGCAAGGGGACGAAAGCAACAGCAAGAUACCUGUGGUCUUGGGCCUCAAGGAGAAGAAUCUAUACCUGUCUUGUGUGAUGAAAGGGGAUAAGCCCACCCUGCAGCUGGAGGCACUGGACCCCAAAAGUUAUCCAAGGAGGAACAUGGAAAAGCGAUUUGUCUUCUACAAGACAGAAAUCAAGGAUAGGGUGGAAUUUGAGUCUGCCCUGUAUCCCAACUGGUACAUCAGCACCUCUACAGCUGAACAAAGACCCGUCUUCCUAGGACAGUCCAGAGGAGGCCAGGAUAUAACUGACUUCACCAUGGAAAUCGUCUCUCCCUAAAGAAAGCUGGGUCCAGAGAGUCCACAUGCGUGGAGUCACCCGAGGGCUGGCAGAAGGGGGAUCGGGUCUGAACAUGGCUGCAGCCUGAUCUUCACUGUUGUCUAAUCAAUGCCCAGCCACCUUCCCUACGUUAAUGCUAAGGCGAGCUCCUGCCCAUCAGCCGGCAGGAACAGCCCCUCCUCCCAGCGCCCAUCCUCAGACCCCAUCCCCUGAGCCAGCCGUCUCUCACCUCUUCUACUCACUCCGCGCCAGGCGGGUGGAAACCCCGGCGCACUUGAUUCAAAGAAAUCCUCUGUCCUUUGUGCCAGCUUCUGAUAAGUGAUCACUUAACUAUUUAUUUAUUUAUUUAUUAAUGGGUUAGUCUAUUUAAUUUAAUUCAAGGGGGCCCCAAGAAGCAGCAGUGUCUGUGAAAGACCCUAGUCUUCAAUAUCUAUGGGACCAAUUUAAUCUGGGUUCGUGCACCAUCUUUCAAUCAAGUCCUUUCACCAAGGCUGAAAACAUAUAAGCUCAGAUUAUUUAAAGGGGAAUAUUUAUGAAUGAAGUGUGAUCAGAUUGUUCAAUGAUUCCGAAAUAAAUUUCACUGAUAAAAAAAAAUUUC